AUGCUUGAAUCGGUCCCCGAGAACGAAGUGCCUUUCCUUCACAAGGAGAAUGAAACUCCACGGAUCAUAUACCGCGUCGACAAGGGCGGCCGAGGGACUUGGUUCCAGCUAGUCAUCGUCGCCUUAGUUAGUGCUUUGGUCUCUGUUAUGGGAACUAUCAUCGUACACAAUGUUCUACCAAUCUCUCAUAUCAUAUCGAGCGGGAGCUCACCCCCACAAGAGCUACUUCCAUCGUUGAAUGUCCCACCUCUUGGAAACGUUCUUCGAACUUAUAUCGGCGAGCCGGCUUAUUAUGCUAACGAUAUGAACGCUACCCGUAAGGCGUGGAUGUCACUGUUUCCUCCUGGAAUGGGUUAUGUUUCCAUGGACAACAUCAAAGACGCAGGAGAUAUACCUCGCCUCUUCCAAGAUAUGAGCACAGACGGAUCAGGACGCUUCUGUGUCGCCGCAUUCCACCAGCUCCACUGUCUCUUCCUCAUCUACUCCGACUUUCGCCGCGCCCUAAGUGGCGAGCUUGCGGCUGACUCACACUCGCUACACGGCUCUCAUUCUCUGCACUGCUUUGAUUAUCUUCGGGAGAGUAUUAUUUGCUCAGCAGACAGUGCACUUGAGCCUUUCCGCUCCCCAUUUGACGGUGGCACGCAAGGGAACGGGGUGGACGGGUUUGGGAGCGUGCAUCAGUGUCGGGAUUUCAAACAGCUAUUUGACUGGAGCGAGAAAUUUAGAUACACUGAUGGGCAUGAUGCGGAGAAAUUCGAGGGUUGAUAAAAUACCAAUAUGUG